ACCUUCCAUAUACACACAUUGACACUACGCAAUUGACAAUUGGUUACAGUGAGUGUGGGAGGAGAGUCACAACUCACAACAACCAGUCCUUGCUUUGCAUCGUGUGAGUUUGGGAGAGGAAGGAAGCUACUCGAAAAGUGAUUCCUUCCUCGGCGAAAAAAAACCAAACCAUUCCUUUAUAACCAUAAAGUGCCUUCUUUUUUCUUCACCACCACUCCAUUACUCUCUUCACACUCCACACACACACACAUACAUACCUCUACCUUGUGUUUGAGAUUGAGGAAUAUAAGAAAAUGAAAAUGGGUAAAGGGAUGAUUUUUAUUGUUGCUCUGGUGGCCAUUUGCCUUGGUGGGAAAUGGGUGGAAGCGCAGGUGCACCAUGUGGUCGGAGCAGACCGUGGUUGGGAUCAAACCUCAGACCUCGUUUCCUGGGCUGCAGGCAGGGUCUUCAGGGUUGGAGACCAAAUUUGGCUUACCUACUCCGUGACUCAGGGAUUAGUCGCAGAGCUGAAAAGCAAAGAGGAAUAUGAGGCAUGUGAUGUGAGCAACCCCAUCAAGAUGUACACAGAGGGUUUGCAUACUAUCCCACUUGAGAGUGAAGGAAUGAGGUAUUUUGUGAGCAGUGAACCAGAGAAUUGCAAAAAUGGUCUCAAGCUACAUAUUGAGGUUCUGCCCAAGGCUGAUGAACGCAUCAUAGAGUCUUCUACCCUAACAGAUGAGGCUGUGGCGCCCACCACUCCUUCUGGUUCAGCACGUUAUGGGCACAACACUAUGUUAAUGCUCACGGUUAUAUUGUUUGUCGUCAUAGGCCUUGCUUACUGACACCUGUCCCAAGCCUAUAUGCGAGAACAAUUGGCUCUAUAUAUGUAUCUAAGACACUAUUUUGGGAUUUGGGACCUUGCUAUGUGCUUCUAGUUUAAGAAGGAUAUUUUUAUAAGACACUAUUUCAGGAAUUUUUUAUGUCUCUAUUUUUCUCUUAAGAAGGAUAUUUUUUUUGUCUUGUAUUUA